AUGCUUGGCCGGUUUUUUCAUUUGUUUGUAGAUGCCAUGCUUGUGAGUGUGGUACUUUCCGGUAUCAAAAGAAAUACGGGCCUGACAUUGUCGUUGGGACGUAUCCGGCACACGGAGAUUCGCAGGUUCUUAAGUGCCUAUUUGGAGGCAGGUGAAUGGCUCAUGGAUUUUGCCGUGGUUGUGCUUGGACGUUCGAGCAGUUUUGAGCGUUUGCGAUAA